AUGUCUUCUGUUGUUUAUUACAAGUUCUUGCAUCAAAAGAACAAAAGCGUGAUUCAUUUUGAUGGGACUUCCAUCAGUGUCUUUGACUUGAAAAGAGAAAUUAUCUUGCAGAAUCAAUUGGGGUCAGGUCAAGAUUUCAAUUUAAGAUUAUAUCAUUCAGAACAACCAGAUCAAGAAUAUGAAUUAGAUCAAGAUAUUAUACCCAGAUCAAGUUAUGUAUUAGCUAAAAGAUCACCGGCUUUUUUAAAACUGGGUAAAUUCAACAAUGCCAUGAGAUAUAUCACUGGUAAACCAAGAAUAAAUAGAAGAGCAAUCAAUUCAACUUCAAAUGCAAAUAAUUUGGCUAAUAAUGCCGCCACAAAUGCACCAGCACAACCAUUAGAUGAAAAUGCUACAGAAGAGGAUAGAAUUAAAUUAAUGUUUCAAAACCAAAGUAAUGCUUGGGAACAAACUCAAGAAGAUUUAUCUCAUCAUAAAAUGGUUUUUCAUAAACCAACAGCUCCAAGUACAAAUGCUAAACAAGAUGAUCAUCCUCCUCCAGGGUAUAUUUGUUAUAGGUGUGGUAAAAAGGACCAUUGGAUUAAGAAUUGUCCAACUAAUAAUGAUCCAAAUUUCGAAGGUAAGAAAAUCAUGAGAACAACAGGUAUUCCAAAAUCUUAUUUGAAAACUAUUUCAAGAGAAGAAGUUGAAAGUAAAGCAAAUUCAUUAACUACUAAUGAAAAUGGUGAUGUUGUGGAUACCGAUGGGAAUGCAAUUUUAAUUACUGAUGAUGGUGAAUAUGCUGUUGCUAUGGCUGAUUCUAAAACAUGGAAGAAUUAUCAAGAGAAAUUACAAAACGCUGCUUUAAAAUCCAAACGUGAAUAUGAACAGAAAUUAGUUGCUGCUGUUGAACAAGAUAAUAAAUUGGAAUUUUUGGAUCCAUUAUCUGAAACAAAGAAAGUUUUAACUGCACCAAUUGUAAUGACUCAAUGUUGUACUGAGAAAUCCAAAUUACAAAAGAUGAAAAAUUUCAAUUACAAUCAAUCUGAAUUAGAAACUGUUUUAAUUGAUAAUGAUUUCCAUUGUCCUAAUUGUGGUAAAGAGGAUGUUUUCAUCGAUACUUUGAUUCCAAAUAAAGAACUAGAGAAAGAAGUUACCGAAUAUGUAAAAUCAAAAGAAGCUGAAUUGAGUUUGAAAGAUCCAAGUAAACGCAGUGCUGCUGAAAUGGAAGGUGAUAUUGAUUCUUCCACAUCAAAUGAACCAGAUGCUAAAAAACAAAGAACUGAACAACCAUCACUACAAUUCCCACCAGGAGGAAUGUAUCCAAUACCACCAACAGGAACAUUCCCAUUUCCUAUGCCUAUUCCUCCACCUGGCUUUCCAUUAGUACCUCCACAAGGGUUCAUUCCACUACAGAAUGGUCAACCGUUUAAUAGUAACACCAAUAAUCAGUUCAAUCCAAAUAGUUAA